AUGACACGAAUAAAUAGUAUUUCAAAUAUUAGGUGUAGACACGGUUCUUCAUCAAAAGUUAGUUGUCAAUUUUUUCCUCGUCUUACAUCAAAUGAAUUAAUAAAUUCUUGUAGAAUGUUUGAUAACUCGAUACUUAUAAAAUCCACUAUGCCAUUUCUUUACCCUUCAUUAUUUCAUCACAAUUCUAUACGCCAUUUACAUGAAUCAAAUUAUAAUCUAUCAUUCUCUAAUUGUUUUUUGUCAUCUAGAAAAUUAUCGACAAAGAAUGAUAAUAAUUGCAAUAAUAGAAUAAUUACCAAUGACACAUAUAAUAGAAAUUUCUUACCCAAAAAUAUUAAAAAAUUUUCUGAAAUACAAAUGAACUCUUUAUACAAAGAACGUUCUGAACUUAUUAGAAGAUUACAAAAAAUCCGGAAACAAGGCAGACUUUUUGAAAAAAAUAGAAAAAUCGGUAGAGAUAUUUCUAAACAACAAGAACAUAAAACUCAAAAAAUAACUGAACAAUUGAAAAUUAUCAAUCAAAUCAUUACCUCUCAACAAAAAUACGCACAUAUAUCACCCAAGUAUGCAAAUCAAAAAGAAAUUGUUGACUUGACUGUUCGGUUGAAGGAUACCAGGACACCGAAAGAGAUUGAAGAAAAAACUUUGCAGUGGAAAAGAAAUGUUGAUAGUGUUCCAUUGAGAUUAAUCAGAACUUAUUUGUCUUCGGGCUAUAGUAAAAAGGAUUUUAGAAAGGUUUAUGAAAUCUUUGAGGAAUUAUUGUAUAAUUCUGGUGAUUUCAAAAACGCUUCAUUGAAUGAUUUACAACGACUUGCGGCUUAUUUUGCAAAAAUACAUACUCCAUAUGCUAUUUCUGUGUUGAAAGCAGCAUUAAACAAUGGAUUUGAACUUACAUAUAAUGAUUAUCAUAUAUUGCUUAUCUCAUUUAGAAAGAUUAAAGAUCAAAUAAGUGUAGUAAGAAUUUUCCAAGAAAUGAAAGAGAAAAAGUUUUUAUUGCAGGCUGAAGAUUAUAAUGAAGUUUUAAGAUGUUUGAUGAGCAAAGGUUCUAAAAAUAUAGAUUUGGCAAAGAUAUAUUUGGCAGAAGCAAAAUCAAAAUACUUUAGAUUAAACUGUGAUACUUAUGUAACAUUAAUUGAUGGAUUCAUAGAAAAUAAAGAUGUGUUAGGUGCAGAAACAAUUUUAAUGCCAUUAUGGAAAAGAUAUUUGUUAGAAGAAAUCUAUAAUAUAUUUAUUCAAACAUUUAUUUAUUACAAAGAUCUAGAUAAAGCAAAAAAAUUUUAUAGAAAAUUGCUUAAUAUCAAUUCAUCUCCAGAUUUUGAAAUAGUUCAAAUAAUAAUUGAAUCAUGUUUAAAUAAUAAUGAAGUAAUGGCUGCAAAUAACUUGCUAAAACAUACCAAUACAUCAAAUAUUGCAUACCUUUAUGCACAGGUACUUGAAUAUUGUACAAAAUAUAAAAAAUUCAAAUAUCUUUGGAUAACUUAUGUACAAUCUUUAAAUAAACAAAUACAAUUACCUGAGAGCAUUUAUAAAAAAUUAAUUAUAACAUAUUGUCAAGAAGGAUAUUCACCUGAUGUGUUAAUACUUUAUAAAGAAGCAAAAUCUUUAGGAUACUUUUGUGAAAAUCUAUUUAUUCAUAACUUAGUGGCUCAAGUAUUGGUAUUUAAUGAACAAAUUGAACAAACACACCAAAUUUUAUUAGAUAUUCAAAAAUUAAAAUUAAAACCAAAUAUGGAUACAUAUAGAAUUAUAAUACAGUUGGCUUCAAUACAAAAUGAUUCAAAAAUUGCAGAAGAAGUGUUUAAAGAAAUUCAAAAAAAAAAAUUAGGAGUAGAUCAUUUGACAUUUAAAUAUUUAAUAAGAUGUUUUUGUACAAUUGGAGAAUUUGAGAGAACCAAAAGAACUAUUAAUUUAAUGCAAAAAAAUUAUAUGAAACCAAACAUUAAUGAUUAUAAUAUUCUUAUAAAAGCUUAUGGAAAUGGAAGUAAACUAAAUCAAAAUAAUCAAGAUAAUACAAAAAGUUUUACAAAAUUUUCAAAAGAUUAUAUAACAGAAAAGGUAUUGGAAAUAUUUAAUAUUAUUCAUAAUUCAAAUAUAAUUCCCAAUGAUGAAACUUAUUAUAUAUUGAUUGAAAUUUUUACAAAUAUUGGUAAUUAUGAAAUGGCUACUAAAAUAUACAAUUCAAUGAGUAAAGUUUCAAUUCGACCUAAUCUUGAAAUAUUUCAUAUUAUUUUGAGAAAUGUAAUUAAAACUCAAGGUCUAAAUAAUGGAGUAGAAAUAUUUUGGGAUCAAGUGGUAAAGAGUAUUUAUAAUGGAAUGUGGGAAAGAGGGAUGAAAAUGAAAGAAGUUAAAAAAUAUGAGGAGAUAAUAAAAUUAUUAGUAAAAAAGAAGGAAUUUGAAAAGGUAGAAGAAAUAAUAGAACAAAUGAAUAUAAUAAGAAUUGAAAAUGAUGAAAUAAAUAGAGGAUAUUUAAUAAUAUUAGAUGAAUACAUGAAAUUAAAAAAAUUUGAAAAAAUUGAAAUGAUAUGGAAAAAAUUGAAAGAGGAAAAAGAAAUAAAAGGGAUUAGAAAAAUAAGUAAAGAUGUUUACAAUUAUAUACUUAGAUUAUUUGUUGAAAUGAACAAUAAAUAUGAAGUAAAAAGGUUAUGUGAAGAGAUGAUUAAAGAUGGAAUUAAAAUUGAUUCUGUUAAUUUUGAGAUUUUGAGUUAA